CCUUCAGAAUAAGAAGAGUCUGCGGUCCCAAAGUUCUUAGAAAGAUGCUGGAGAAUUGGCGAAAGGCGGUCAUCUUCGUCAAGCCGGGGUAAGGCACGACUGGUGAGCUAGAAGUUUUUGGUUAGCUUCCUAUAUGCAAUCAAAUCUUGUCGUGCAAACGUACUUCCAUAGCCUUUUCCAACCGGGAUGUGAAUUCCGCAAGAAUCAUGCUCAGUUGUUCACGCAAUGGUACAUAUGCCUUCCCUUUCUUCACAUAUAUACUUCGCCGUUCGAUCAAUUCAGGUACAGCCCCCCAGUCGACCUUGAACCAACUUUCGUCAUCGACCCAUCGAAGACUAGGAGUCGACGCCAGUAAAGCCUCGCCCAACUCGGCCUUUUCCUCGUCACUCACCGUCUCCCAGUCCAGGUGUAAACUGUCCACAAACUCGCGCCUUUCCCGUGCAUCAUCUUGCUGAAACCGGAAUUUAAACAGCAUAGACUCCAGGCGGACAAACCGUCGCCUCAAAUCAUCGGUUGAAGCGAACGCAAGCCGUAGUAUAAAAUGGGAAUAGUGGUCCUUCUGUCUCUCAGCUUGGAGUAUAUCGUCACUACUGCUGCCUAGAGAGGUAUUUGAGUUCAACGGGAGGAAUUUCUUGAGCAGAGGGGCGAUAUGAGCAGCUGUUUCCGCAGGGGUUUUAUUUCGAUAGGAGCAAGCCUCCAGUUCGGAUAGAACUAUAAGAUAAUCAGCAUCGCUCAGCUUCAACACCUAAAAGUGAAGAGCCUCAUACCUCUAAGACGAUCAAUUGCCCAUUGUUCAAACUGUUCCAGAGUGAUUUCCGCUGUUGGCGGCACCUCAUAGAAGUUCAGCCGGUGUGAAUAUCGAAGAUGUUUAUAGACGGGCGUUGCAAACUGCCGCUUUUUAUGGUCAAUGCCGGCCCGACGCUUCGUAUCAACUCGAUUCCUGUCGUAUUGCAUCAUGAUGAGCCUUGUAUCACUGUUGCUGGAGCUAUCGAAGAUGCUGUGGCCUUCUCGUCUCUCCCCGUCUCCGUCUCUGCUGCUUUGUCCCUUGCUUCACGCCGAAAAUCGCGUCGAGACGCGAAACCACUUCCAUAAACUUUAUAAUACUCACGUGAUAUUGAAAUCAUUACAUAAGCACAGCUACUUUCUAUCCCGAACUGUAGUUCUUCAAGGCUACAAGUACAGGCUCAAAGGGAGGAAGAGGCAGAGAGACUCUUCUUACAGAGCACUCGAACAGCGACAGAGCGCCUGAGCAGUACCUAGCCUAUCUUCUUGCAGCGAAAUAUGCGGCUGUCUCUCGACUAGUUUUCAUCGUCAUAUCUCAUGCUCCCCCUCAACCGAAGUCGCCCAGAUCGCAAUGGACUGACACGU